UUACUGUCAAUCUUAACCUAAAGAAAAAAUUGAUUUUGAAUAAAAAAUUAAAAUAGACAUGAGACGAUGGCACUUUUAAAAGGAAAACAAAGUGAAAUACCUACGGAUGCUAUUAUUUUAACUGAACAACAAGCUUUGGAGUAUGAAUUAAAAAUAUUAAAAAAUUGGAAGCAUAAAUCUGAUACGUUCUGGUUUAGAUAUGGAAGUGCCAUACUUGUGAGUUCCACUGUUUUAUCAGGAAUGUACAUAAAUAACUACUAUCGUUAUAAAUUUAAACUUUUGUAUUAUGGAAGGGCUUCUUCAUAUUUACCUAUUUGUGUGAUACCAGGAGCAUUAUCAUUUCUUCUACACACUGAGUUGGUUUUAAAAGAUUUAGUAUUACAAAAGCAAGUUUGUCCAGUGUGUUUGGAAUUAAGAUCAUCAGCUUUACAAUCUCUAACAGGCUUUGUAUUUCCCUUUUUAGCAGCUCCGGUCACAAACUUAAUGUUGGCAAACAAAUAUGGAACUGCUAAUUUACCCUCUUUGGCAAAAGAGCCUUUGGAAAUUCUAAAAUUUGUAAAAGCUAAAGUAAAACCAAUCCAAAAUAUUUUAUUUGCAAUUUUUGUUGGACAAGCAUUGAUAGCAUCAGGAGUAACUUAUUUAGAAGCAAAUUCAGUUUUUAAAGUUAAUGGAAAAUUAUCAAAGCUUGAAUAUGAUUUGGAGCACCAGUAAGUCCAAAAUAUGUUAUUUUGUAAAUAUAGCAAAUGUAGA